CGUACACACAAAAUAAGUUAAACUAUUUAUUUGCAUAAGGGUCCCUAGAAUAUAUAUUAUUUCCACUAGCAUCCCCAACUACCAAGACUGCUGUUUUUCUUUUUUGUUUUUCCGAAAAGGAACAACAAAGGCUUAAAUCUUUCCAUUUAGUUUUCUUACAUGGACAACAUCGCCACAAGAUUAAUACAUCUCGCCAACUCCUUAAGCCAUGCGAAGUCGUUGAAGCAAAUCAAAGCUCUUCAUCAAAAAGCCAUCAUUUUCGGCUUACAGAGCAACACACCCUUGUGCAAAAAAAUCAUCAAUCUAUACAUCACGCGCGGCGCAUAUCGAUCCGCAAAUUCAGUUUUCCGGAGCAUCGAAAAUCCGUUAGACAUCACGUUAUGGAAUGGUUUGAUGUCGGCAUACGCAAAGAACUCCAUGUUUUCCGACGCUCUGUCUUUGUUUGAGACUUUGCUCAGCUUCCCUCAUUUGAAGCCCAAUGAAUACACUUACCCUAGUUUGUUGAAGGCUUGUGGCGGACUGAGAAGAGUAGAUUACGGAGAAAAGAUUCAUACGCAUUUGAUGAAAACGGGGUUUUUGUCGGAUGUCGUGAUCGCUAGCUCUUUGAUGAGUGGCUACGCGAAAUGUGGCGUUUUUGCUUGUGCACUGAAACUGUUCGACGAAAUGCCUGACAGAGAUUUGGCUUGCUGGAAUAAUGUGAUUUCUUGUUAUUACCAGAGUGGGCAGUGGGAGAAGGCGUUGGAGUAUUUUGAGAGGAUGAGGAGCUCUGGAUUGAAGCCUGAUUCCGUGUCGUUUACAACUGCGAUUUCUUCGUGUGGGAGGAUGCUGGAUUCGGAGAGAGGAGCGCGGAUUCAUGAACAAGUGUCGAGCAGCGGGCUUGCCAUGGAUGAUUAUGUUUCUGCAGCUCUUGUUGACAUGUAUGGGAAAUGUGGCUGCACGGAGAGGGCUAGGGCGGUUUUUGAGGAGAUCAAGAUCAAGAGCUUAGUUUCUUGGAAUGCAGUGAUUGGGAGUUGCAGUCGGAUUGGGGAUAGUUUGUCAGGGAUUAAGCUCUUGGUUAGGAUGAUAGAGGGAAAAAUAAGACCUAAUUCAACAACCAUGAGCAGCUUGUUAGUGGCUUGUGCCAAAUCGGCACGAUUGCAACACGGGAGAUUCUUACAUGGCUACAUUGUUAGAAACAAUGUGUGUAGUGAUGUCUAUGUGGAGAGCUCACUAGUUGACUUCUACUUCAAAUGUGGGAGAAUUGCAUUCGCUGAGAAUGUGUUUAGAGUGAUGCCAAAGUCGAGUAUUGUCUCUUGGAACGUCAUGAUCUCUGGCUACGUAUCUGCAGGUUGCUACUUAGAAGCGCUAGGCGUGUAUGAUGACAUGAGGGCAGCCGGUGUGAGGCCUGAUGCAAUCACCCUCACUAGCGCAGUGACAGCUUGUGCACAGUCAGCUGCCUUGGAGAGGGGCAGAGAGUUGCACGAGUUCAUCAAUGAGAGGCGGCUGAACUCCAACGAGGUGCUGAUGGGAGCCCUUUUGGAUAUGUAUGCCAAGUGUGGUGCUGUAGCCGAAGCUGCAGCUGUGUUUAACCAGCUCCCAAGAAGGGAUUUAGUUUCAUGGACUUCAAUGAUCGCGGCCUAUGGCUCCCAUGGUCAAGCACCCGAAGCUUUGAAGCUCUUAGAUGAAAUGCUGCAAGCCCGUGUAAGGCCUGAUAGAGUCACGUUCCUGGCAGUGAUCUCGGCUUGCAGCCACGGAGGAUUGGUUGAUGAGGGCCGGAGAUUCUUCAAGUCAAUGGCACAUGACUAUGGAAUCAGACCUACAACAGCAGAGUACUCGUGUCUGAUAGAUCUCUUGGGCCGUGCUGGGAGAUUGCACGAGGCUUAUGAGAUGCUCCAGCAGAACUCUUACGUUAGAGAGGAUGUGGACAUGUUGAGCACACUGUUUGCUGCUUGCCAUCUGCACGGGGAGGUCGAGUUGGGGGGGAGAGUUGCUGAUCUCCUUAUUGAGAAGGAUCCGAACGAUCCUUCAACUUACGUGGUGCUUGAAAAGAUGUACGCGGCUGACAACAAGUGGGAUGAAGCGCGCAAGAUUAGAUUCAAGAUGAAGGAGCUAGGGUUGAAGAAAAGGCCCGGGUGCAGCUGGAUUGAAGUAGAUAAGAAAAUGCAAUCAUUUUUAGCAGAGGAUAAGAGAUUCUUAGAGGCGGAACCUGUUUAUGACUGUUUAUCAUUAUUGUAUAGGCAUAUGGAGAAGAAUGAGAUGGAAGCACCACAUUCAUCUCCAUCUCAAACUCGGACUUUAACAAAUUCAGAUGUCUGAUGAUGAGAAUUUAGCACAAAAAUAUGGUGCUUCUUGUCGGAAUGAUGACUGUGUCGAACCGUGAGUUAUACACGAGUCUUCAAGAAGAUGUGUGUUUGUUUCUAUGGAUGAAACAGAGCAGCUGAGAUCAUGUUUGGAAUUUCUCAAGAUUGCUUAAGAUCAGCAAUACUUUUUUGGAGUUCUUGAUUUA